UAGCGCCCGUUCUGCACUCAGUCUCUCUCUCUCGCGAUAGCAGACUGACGCCACCGAAGCAGCGUGCAACCAACGUGACCAACGGUACAACCCAGUUCGAAGAUGGCGCCGACAAAGCGUAAAGCUGUGUCGCUUGACACGAAGAUGGAUAUUUUGCAGGACUCUCGACGCGGCUUCAAGGUGAGCGCCCUCGUGAAGAAAUAUGAGCUCGCCCAGUCGACGAUAUCAACCAUCUUGAAAACCGGGACGAUUGUGAAGGCAGGAGCUAUCGGCGGCCAUGCCGAUCAGCGGAAAAGGGUUAGAGACCCUUUGUACGCCGAUGUUGAAGAGGCGCUUUACCAGUGGUUCAUCACAACCCGCGCGCAUAAUGUGCCUAUUAGUGGGCCAAUACUUGCCACCAAAGCGAAAAACUUCGCUUUUCUUCUGGGACGGCCAAAUUUUGAGCCUGGGGGAGGCUGGAUUCAGCGCUUUAAAGAGCGGCACGGAAUCGUUUACAAAAACGUGGUAGGGGAAGCGGCGUCCUUGGACACAGAGGCAAAGCAGCAGUGGCUGCAGACAAAGCUGCCCAGCGUGCUGGAGCGCUACGCGGAGAAGGACAUAUAUAAUUGCGAUGAAACUGCUUUGUUUUUUCAAAUGUUGCCGUCUAAGACUCACGCUCUUAAAGGAGAUCGAUGCCCCGGCGGGAAGCACUCGAAACUUAGGGUGACCGUGUUGCUGUGCGUUAGCAUGGACGGGAGCCAUCGUCUCAAUGCAGACAGUGCUGCCUCGUUCUGCGAUGAGGUCACCGACGAGGCGAUCGCCGAAGAUGUGCUGUCUCGACAGACGGCAAAGUUGUGCGACGGUGGCGACGGCAGCAGCGACAGUGACAACGAGAUUGGCAGUGGCUCCUUGACCCCGACCACGAUGUCCACGCAAAAUGCACUGUCGUCGAUCGACUCCUUAAUUGAUUUUAUGCAUGCCAAAGGAUUGCCGCCAGUGUUCGCGCAGCAGCUGGAAUCCAUGCACACCGCGGUUGUGAAGCUGAAGCUGCCGCAAAAGCAAGUGCAGAUUUCGGACUAUGUCGGCGCGCCUAACCCUUGACACGGUCAUUGGCGCUACAAAUAAAGUUUGUUUUUCACAGCCGACUUUCUACAUCAUCUAUUCUUUAGAGCAAGUAGCGAAUUCGAGUUCGGAGCUGCAAAGGUAUGUUCAGCGUUUUUUUUUUUUUUUUUAUAACUGCAGUCCAGAUAUAGCGAUCAUCGGUUAUAACGAUCAUAUUUUUCAUCUUUCUCGAUAUCGUUAUAAGUGGACUGCACUGUAUGUCAAUGUUGGUACAUACCAAGUUAACGAAACGACCAUGAGAGAACCAAGACAUAGGCGGCUGUUUGAUCACCUACAUGACACACGUCAUGAUAUUCAUGUCAUGACCGAUCAUUGAUGUUCGUCUACACUCGUCAUAUUAUGCAAAUUUUGCUACAUACCAAGAUGUAGGCGGCUGUUUCAUGACCUACAUGACACACAUUUCAUGUUCAUCACUCUUUUCAUACUAUGCCAAUUUUAGUACAUACCAAGUUAACGAAAUGACCAUGAAAGCACCAAGACGUAGGUGGC